UCUUCAACGAGGCGGCCGAGCAGACGCCAACAUGCAGAUCUUUGUGAAGACCAUCACUCUUGAGGUCGAGCCCAGUGACACCAUUGAGAAUGUCAAGGCCAAGAUCCAAGAUAAGGAAGGCAUCCCACCAGACCAGCAGAGGCUGAUAUUUGCCGGAAAGCAGCUGGAGGAUGGCCACACCCUGUCGGACUACAACAUCCAGAAAGAGUUCACCUUGCACCUGGUGCUGCGCCUACGUGGUGGCAUCAUCGAGCCGUCCCUUCGUCAGCUCGCCCAGAAGUACAACUGUGGCAAGAUGAUCUGCCGCAAGUGCUAUGCACGCCUGCACCCCCCCACCCCCACCCCCCCCCCCCCCCACCCGUGCGGUCAACUGCCGCAAGAAAAAGUGCGGCCAUACCAACAACCUGCACCCCAAGGAGAUGGUCAAAAAAGCUGGGGCCGUACCUGGCCCAUGACCCCGGGACCAAAUAAAGUCCCCUUCCAUCGAAAAAAAAAAAAAAGAAAGAAAGAAAACCAACCUUAA